AUGACCUCCGUACUGGUUGGUGCAGGAGCAAAUAUCAAUGCCCGUAAUGCUUCCGACCGAACUACCCUCCACUGGGCAGUAAAGAAUGGCAACAAUUGCAUGGUUAAGCAGCUACUAGGCGCAAAAGCUGACGUCGCAUUUACAUAUGAAAGGGCGCUGACUGCGUUGUGGCUGGCGGUCAAGGGCCGACAAUUGGCCAUUUCCGAACUACUGAUCUCAUAUGGAGAGAAUGUCAAUGCCAGAGACACUUUCAAAGAGACCGUAUUGUGCUGGGCGGUGAAGCGGAGCAGCGGUUUCUUUGUAGACAUGCUGCUAGAUAGUGGUGUGGACCCGAGCCGGGCUGACAAACUCAGCCGAGAUCCGCUAAUAUCGGCAGCCUUGAUGGGAAAUGCGAAGAUUGCGCAAAAGCUCCUUUCAAGAGGAGCCUGUCCGGACAGUAUUGACCGAUGUGGGCGAACACCCCUCGCAUGGGCAGUGGCGAUGGGUCAUAUGGACGUGGUGCGAAUGCUGCUGAGCCGGGGCGCCGAUCUCAAACGAGUCGACCAGUUGGACUGCUGCACAAGGCAACGUAGACAUCACUGUCUUGCUUCUGAACACUGGGGCCCGUGUGGAAUAUGA